AUGGUUCGCUUCUCGACUCUUGGUGCGACUUUGCUGCUCGCCUCCACUGCAGCCGCUCAAAUCAAGAAAGAAUGUGGUGACGGUCUUGGAAAAUGUCCAUCGAACAAGCCUUGUUGCUCCCAGUACGGCCAAUGUGGUGUCGGCGCAUACUGUCUUGGUGGCUGCGACCCCUUCUGGUCUAAUAAACUUGAAUCAUGCAUGCCCGCUCCCCAAUGCCAGUCUAAAACAUACAAAUUCACCGACUCUAAAUCCUCUCCAAUCCUCUCCAACACAAAAUACCUCGGUGACCCUUCGACGGCCGACUGGGUUUCUGACGGUCAACCACUGUACGCUAAUGGAGUCGUCUACCUUACUAUGGCGCCGGAAACCGUCGGUACCGUCCUUGCCUCGACAAGGUAUGUUUGGUAUGGUAAGAUCUCAGCAACCAUGAGAACUUCGAUAGGUGCUGGUGUGGUUAGCGCUUUCAUCAUGAUGAGCGAUGUCAAGGACGAAAUCGACUACGAGUGGGUUGGCGUGGACCUUCAAACAUCGCAGACCAACUACUAUUGGAACGGUAUUCCGGAUUAUACUCACUCCGGCAACAUCACCCUUGACGGUAACACAAACACCUACUCCGACUGGCACACAUAUACCAUCGACUGGACCCCGGAUUCCAUCACUUGGUCUGUCGAUGGCCAGGUCGGCCGUGUCGCUAAACGCGGCGACACCUAUAAUGCUACCACCGGCCACUUUGAAUUCCCUCAGACUCCAUCCCGUGUCCAACUUUCCCUCUGGCCUGGUGGUCUUGCUACUAACGGCCAAGGCACAAUCGACUGGGCCGGUGGUCUAAUCCAAUGGGAUACCGAUGAGAUCAAAAAGAACGGAUACUAUUACGCCAUGGUCAAAGACGUCACAGUCGAAUGUUAUAAUGCACCUAACGCCAAGGGCAACGGUAAAACUUCUUAUAAAUUUACGGAUCUAAAUAAAGUCAAUACCUCGGUUACCCUCAGCAACGAUAGAACGUGGUUGAAGUCUUUCCUCUCUACUGGUGAAGAUCAGGAUAAGGACCUACCAAAGCCUGAGACGAAGACUACAACCCAAGUUACUACCGAUGCUGCAGGUAAGGCCACCACUGUUGUUAAUACCAUCGAACCUACUGAAUCGAGUGUCGGAACUGUGCCUGGUUUGGACGGUGCCGGAUUCGACUCCGGGGACUUGAACAAAGAUGAUGGAAGCGGUGGUACUAGCGGUGGAAAUGGUGGAUCCAACACUGACGGAACUUAUGGCCCUGGCACCACUGAAUGGAGCCAGAGCUCGAAAUCCGGCCAGAACGCGGGUAGUGAUGCAACAAGACAGGUCUUUGUAUGGGGAAAUCUAGUGGGAAUGCUAGUACUUGGAGCACUUAUGGUAACUCUGUAA